AAAGGGGGGCUCACGGCCGGGGGAACGGAGAGGAGAGGUACCCAGAUUAAUCACAUGACCGGUCCUCGUCUUAUUAUCUCUGCGUGUGGAUAUACAUCGUUUGUUCUUGGACCCAGAGCGACUAACAGAUCAGCCCGUCUUCUUCUCUAGCAGAUUUGCAGACAUGUCAGACGUCGUUCCUCCAGAAGUGAGACCCAAACCGGCCGUCCCUGCCAAGCCCCCAAAUGUGGGGGCUCCUUCCCCCUCCAGCCCCUUCCCGCCCCAGGGCCCGGGCAUCGGAGGAGGAGGCGGCGUUUCUGCUCUUCCUCCAAGUGCCAUACCAGUCCCCAUCGGUAAUCAUGGCCCGGGGUACAUUGGCAGUCAUAGUGUGGGUCAUGGUGUGGGCCACGUUGCAGGCCAUGGUGGGGGUCACACUGCAGCACACAAUGGAGGUCAUGGUCACGGCGGCUCCCUCAGCUCCAGCGGUGGAUCCACUUUGCUAGGAUACAUUGGUAUUGACACUAUCAUUGAGCAGAUGAGGAAGAAGACCAUGAAGACAGGCUUUGACUUUAAUAUCAUGGCUGUCGGUCACAGCGGUCUCGGAAAGUCCACUCUGGUGAACACUCUAUUCAAGUCCCAGGUGAGCAGGAAGAGCGCAGGGUGGGGCCGUGAUGAGAAGAUCCCUAAAACUGUAGAGAUCAAAGCAGUGUCUCAUGUCCUUGAGGAAGGUGGCGUGAAGAUGAAGUUGACAGUCGUUGACACCCCAGGCUUUGGAGACCAAAUCAAUAAUGACAACUGCUGGGAGCCCAUUUCCAAGUACAUCAAUGAGCAGUAUGAGAAGUUCCUAAAGGAGGAGGUCAACAUCACCAGAAAGAAGCGAAUCCCUGACACCAGGGUGCACUGUUGUCUCUAUUUCAUCACCCCGACUGGACACUCUCUCCGGCAGCUAGACCUCGAGUUCAUGAAGCACUUAAGUCACUCAGUCAACAUUAUUCCUGUCAUCGCGAAGGCAGACACGAUGACCAUUGAGGAGAGACAGGAGUUCAAACAGCGGGUAAGAAAGGAGCUGGAGAUGAGCGGGAUCGAGUUUUACCCACAGAAGGAGUUUGAUGAGGACAUGGAGGACAAGAGCGACAAUGACAAGAUCAGAGAGGCGAUGCCCUUUGCUGUGGUGGGCAGCGACAAAGAAUAUCAAGUGAAUGGCAAACGAGUUCUGGGUAGGAAGACAGCGUGGGGAAUUGUAGAAGUUGAAAAUCCCAACCAUUGUGAGUUUGCUCAGCUGAGAGAUUUCCUGAUCAGGUCUCACCUCCAGGAUUUGAAGGAGGUCACUCAUAACAUUCACUAUGAAACCUAUCGUGCCAAGAGACUGAACGAGAAUGGAGGUCUGCACCCCAUAUCAUCCAAUGACACCCAAGAAAGCAACCUGUAGUCAGUCAGUCAGUCAAUCGGGAAUUGUUCAGGCAGAGGGAGAAAAAAAACGUGCAAUGAAGCUGAUAGAUGAAGCUACUGAAUAUUAUAAUCCACCACAGCAUCGCUGCAUACUUGUAAACAUUUAAAUUGAUGUCAUUUAAUUUUUUUUUUUCUGAUUCCAAACUCCACCAUCGUCUUCUACACUUCCUUACCCCAUACACAUAUCAAACCCCUCUAGUCACAUUCAAGUCUUUCUUAUGAAUAUUUACAUGACAGGACACCCAGAGACUUAGUGCCAUCAUAAAACAUUUUAUCUACUGCCAAUGCCUUGUCACUUAUCAUUGUCCGGAUAGUUACUAUGUGUGAAAGAGGCUAAUUCUUAGGUUUUAGUGUUGUGUAGCAACUUGAUUCAGACAAAUGAAAUUACUUGCUCUAGAUAUUAAAAUCAUAAUUCCUGUGUAAUAGCGAUGCAUGUGGCAACUCUGCAGAUGACUCUGUACAAAUUGCUUUUUUUAAAUUCACAGCAGCAAUGGUUCAUUUGGAGAAAGAAUCCCUGUGGCUUUACUGCCAGGAGGGCUUAACAAACAUUACAAGCUGCGCUGUCUUCUUUCAUACCCACCAUCACGGAGAAAACAAAUUGGAAUGAAAUGUCUCCAAUAUUCCCUCGCUCUGUUUAUGUUUGAUUUUCCAUUUCAAAAUAGUCUGUGCACACAGACCUGCAUACUAAGAUGGGAGACAGCUGCAACAUCAGUCACAUAUGAAAUGCAGCUGUGUGUGUGUGUGCGUGUGUGUGUGUGCGUGUGUGCAUGUGUGUGUAAUUAAUGAGUCCACGAGGUGCAUGACUGCAUACUGCAGAUUCUGUGAUUCCAUGAUUCACCGUAAUAAACACUUUGAGAUGAUA